AAUUUUCCCUCUAACAGACUCCAUCAUAUGGUGUAGUGUAGUUUCUUGGAUACGAAAGAUCCACUUUUUAUGGUCAUUUCUUGCUCCUUAUAGAUUCUUCAUUUUCAUUUCUUUUCUUUAAAAAACAUUUUUUUUUUAAAUUUAACUUUUUAUGACACUCUAAAUACCAGUAAACCACUGUGAUUGUAACAACAAGAACACCAUAACAGUAUCAAGCAUUGUACUUUUUCUCACUCCAAUUAUAAUUCUCUCUUUCUCCCUUUUCUUGUCUCAAGAUUUGACAUUGUGUCUUCAAGAACAACUCCAUUAGGUAGCAAAGUUAGUAGCUUUCUUGGUUAAUGCAAUGCCCAAAUGGUGCUUUGUAUAUCAUCAUCUAUGAAGUUUUUUUUCCAACACAUAUGGUUUGUUAUAGUCCUGUUUCUUGCUUUUGUUUCACUUGUUUUUAGUGUCACUGACCCUAAUGACUUAGAUAUUAUCAAUGAGUUUAAAAAAGGUUUGGAAAAUCCUGAACUUUUGAAGUGGCCUGAAAAUGGUGGAGACCCUUGUGGUACUCCAGUUUGGCCACAUAUUGUAUGUACUGGUAAUAGAAUUCAGCAAAUUCAAGUUAUGGGGUUGGGUUUAAAAGGCCCUUUACCUCAAAACUUGAAUAAGUUGUCAAAGUUGACAAAUUUAGGCUUGCAAAAGAACAAAUUUAGUGGAAAGUUGCCAUCUUUAAGUGGUUUGUCUGAAUUGAGAUAUGCUUAUUUGGAUUUCAACCAGUUUGACACAAUCCCAUCUGAUUUUUUUGAUGGACUUGUGAAUCUACAAGUUUUGGCUUUGGAUGGAAAUCCUUUGAAUGCUACCAGUGGUUGGUUAUUGCCAAAAGGGUUACAAGAUUCAGCUCAGUUGACUAAUUUGACAUUGAUGAAUUGCAAUUUGGCUGGUCCUUUACCUGAGUUUCUUGGAGUUAUGUCUUCUUUAGAGGUUUUGUUGUUGUCUACUAAUAGAAUUUCAGGGCCUAUUCCAAGUACUUUUAAGGAUGCAGUGUUCAAAAUGCUUUGGUUGAAUGAUCAAUCUGGUGAUGGGAUGAGUGGACCAAUAGAUGUUGUUGCAACAAUGGUGUCACUCACAAGUCUUUGGCUUCAUGGGAACAAAUUUUCAGGUAAAAUCCCAAAGGAGAUUGGUAAUUUAACAAACCUGAAAGAUUUCAAUGUGAACACAAAUGAACUUGUUGGUUUAAUCCCUGAAAGUUUAGCAAACAUGCCAUUAGACAAUCUUGAUUUGAAUAACAAUCAUUUUAUGGGACCAGUACCUAAGUUUAAGGCUAUUAAUGUUAGUAGUUUUGAGUCCAACUCUUUCUGUCAAACCAAACAAGGUGCAACUUGUGCCCCAGAGGUUAUGGCACUUUUAGAGUUUCUUGAUGGGGUGAAUUAUCCUUCUAGGCUUGUUGAAUCAUGGUCCGGAAAUGACCCUUGCGACGGACGUUGGUGGGGAAUAAGCUGUGCCAAUGUGCAAAAAGUUAGUGUCCUAAACUUGCCUAAGUCUAAUCUUUCCGGGACCUUGAGUCCUUCGAUCGCGAACCUUGAAUCCGUUACUCACAUUUAUCUUGGAUCCAAUAAUCUUUCUGGUAUUGUUCCAUCUAGUUGGACUAGUUUGAAAUCUCUAUCUGUCCUUGAUUUGAGUAAUAACAAUAUUUCCCCACCAAUGCCAAAAUUUUCCACCCCUUUGAAACUUGUUCUAACUGGAAAUCCCAAACUUACAUCUAGUCCAAACCCUUCACCAAACAACAACACGACCCCUGCGAAUUCAUCCUCGUCGUCCGUGCCAUCUUCACGAUCAAAUGGUUCAAGCACGGUGAUUGUCAAACCGGUUGAGCACUCACCGGAAAAGAAGGAAAAGUCUAAGAUAGCCAUAGUUAUGGUACCUAUUGCUGGUUUUCUACUUUUGGUUUUUCUUGCUAUUCCACUGUACAUUUAUGCCUGUAAGAAGAGUAGUAAAGAUAAGCAUCAAGCUCCAACUGCUCUUGUGGUUCAUCCUAAAGAUCCAUCCGAUUCUGAUAAUGUGGUCAAGAUUGCAAUUGCCAAUCACACUAAUGCAAGUGGUUCUGCUAGCAGACAUAGUGAUGAGUCCCAUAUGGUUGAAGCUGGGAAUUUGCUCAUAUCAGUUCAAGUACUACGGAACGUGACUAAGAAUUUUUCUCCAGAAAAAGAACUUGGGCGUGGUGGUUUUGGUGUGGUAUAUAAGGGAGAAUUAGAUGAUGGGACACAAAUAGCUGUCAAAAGAAUGGAAGCUGGAAUUAUUAGCAACAAAGCUUUGGAUGAAUUUCAAUCCGAAAUUACUGUUCUGUCCAAAGUUCGGCAUCGGCAUUUAGUGUCUCUACUGGGAUACUCAGUUGAAGGUAGGGAAAGAAUUCUGGUUUAUGAGUAUAUGCCACAAGGUGCACUUAGUAGGCAUCUUUUCCACUGGAAAAACUACAAAUUGGAGCCUCUUUCUUGGAAGAAAAGGCUUAAUAUUGCCUUAGAUGUUGCUAGAGGGCUGGAGUAUUUACACACACUGGCUCAUCAGAGCUUCAUACAUAGAGAUUUCAAAUCCUCAAAUAUCUUGCUCGGUGAUGAUUUCCGAGCAAAAGUGUCCGACUUUGGACUCGUGAAACUUGCUCCUGAUGGAGAGAAAUCUGUGGUCACGAGGCUGGCCGGAACUUUUGGAUAUCUGGCACCUGAAUAUGCUGUUACGGGUAAAAUCACCACGAAAGCAGAUGUUUUUAGCUUCGGCGUUGUGUUAAUGGAGUUGUUAACUGGGAUGAUGGCACUUGAUGAGGAUAGACCCGAGGAAAGCCAGUACCUGGUUUCAUGGUUCUGGAACAACAAAUCAUCUAAAGAGAAACUUAUGGCAACCGUUGAUCCAGCUCUAGACGUGAAAGAGGACAUAACCGAGAGCAUCUCAACCUUAGCUGAACUUGCUGGUCAUUGCACUGCAAGAGAACCUGGGCAACGACCCGAUAUGGGCCACGCCGUGAACGUGCUAUCCCCGCUUGUUGAGAAAUGGAAGCCUCUCGAGGAUGAUCCCGAGGACUAUUGUGGUAUUGACUAUAGUCUUCCCCUCAAUCAAAUGGUCAAAGGCUGGCAAGAAUCGGAAGGAAAAGACUUAAGUUACGUGGACCUCGAGUACAGUAAGGGUAGUAUUCCUGCAAGACCAACUGGAUUUGCAGAUUCCUUUACAUCAGCUGAUGGUAGAUAAAAGUAUGUACUUCUAUGUAGAUAUCAAUUUUCUUUGUAUUGUGUGAGAUUUUGUUCGUAUUCUCCACGUGUUUUCUUUCAUUUUCCCCCUUCAACGUGAAUGUAUUAGAAACAACUUAAAAAGGCAACAAUAUCUAAUGUGUUAGCCUUAGUUCCUUCUGUAGAUAAAGAAUAGUGACAAGUCACUAUUUUCAUCAUCUACUCUGGUGAGAUUUAAGAGUAUUUUGUACAACAGCUUA